AUGAAAAUUAUAUCGUUUUUAUUAAUAAUUACAUUCGCAACUGGGCACUUAUAAUUAUUAGAUGAUUUAAAGCAAACUUCAUUUGGAUAAUCACUAGAAUAGACUAUCUUAUUACAACUUCAAUAUGAUGAAACUAAGUAAUUAUUUGCUUUAAAAUUAGAUUGAAAUCAAUUUUAUAAGAAAUUUAUAGUUCUAUGAAUGAAGAAUAGAUUAUUGAUGAUGCAAAUUUCAAAUAAGAAUUUGAAAAUUGCAAUACGAAUGACUUAUAAAAUGAAAUUAUUGCAAUAAAAUAUGAAGAAUCAUCAAUUAAAUAAAAGAUGAAAUUGUUAAAUAAUUCAUUUGAAUUAUAAGUUUCCCAACAAAAAUUAAAAGAACUGUAAUUUAAUAAAGAAUAAUUUAAUUAAUACAAUUAGCAAAUGGAAAAAGAAAAAGAGAAUCAAAUUUAAAAUCUAAAAGAAUGUGAUGUAGGUAAAUUUUUACAAAUUAGGAACUAUUGGAACUCCUUCAAUAUGUAAGAUUCUAAUAUGAAAAGAAGAUUAUGAACUAACUUAGUAUUCAGAAGAGCCAAUAAUUAUUGUAAUUAAAAUAAGAGAUCCAAGAUCAUAUAAAAGUCAUCAAUAAAAUGAUAAAAAAGCAAUAAUAUAAUAAUUUUAUUAAACUUCUCAUUUCUUAAUUUGAAAAAGAGGAUUAAAAUCUAGAAAAGUAUCAAUAUCUAAUGUUUAUUAGAUUACAUAAAGUUAUAGUAUAAAUACAUGAAAUAGUUGAGUAAAAUAGAAAUCAAAUAAGAAAAUAAUUUGAUGAAAAUAUGUAACAUUUUUAAGCAAAUAUCAAUUAUUAUUCUUAGAAUAUCUAAUAAAUUUAAGAUGAGAUUGAUAUCCUUUAAGUAAAAUAAAAUUAUAAUAAAUUUUUUAGGAGUAAUAAAUCUAAAUAAAUAAGGAACUGAACAAUUAUUAAGAUUAAUUAAAUAAGAUUACUUAGAUUUAUGAAAUAAAAAAUUAAUUAUAGAUUGAUAAAGAUACUAUGUGUAAAACUUUAGCUGAAGAUUAUAAUGAUUAUAGAAAUUUCAGAAUUAGCUAGAUUUAAUAAUUAUAAAAUAUUAUUAAUCUUGUAGAAAGAGACAUGUUUUUGAUUAAAGAUCAUUAUGUAUUAAAUGGAUAAUUGAGAUAAUGA